CCACGUCAGCGGCACAUAGUUAGGCAGUGAACACUAUUUGUUACGUCUAACUUGACGCUCAUUUGUGCGUGCAGAAUUAUUCCUCGCUUUUGACUAUCAUCUAAAAUUCCCCAAAUGGGCGGCCGUAUAUCGCAAUUAUUUGGCCGUUGGUUUCCUAAAGUUGAACCGGAAUUGCGUGUCGGCAUGCUGGGCCUCGAUAAUGCUGGCAAAACAACUAUACUAUAUCAGCUGAAAUUGGACCGCAAUAUUGAGUCAGUACCCACGGUAGGCUUCAAUGUUGAAAAAGUGCGUUGCGGCAAAAUGGUAAUGAAUAUUUGGGAUGUUAGUGGCUCUCGACCGCGUACGCGCGUGCUUUGGGAGCAUUACAAUCAAAAUACGCGUGCUAUUAUAUUUGUAGUCGAUGCAACAGAUGUACGUCGUUUGCCCCGAGCCCUGGAUGAGUUGCGGUGGCUGUGGUGUCGUCCAGAGCUAGCGGAAGCUGUAUUCCUUUUAUUUGCCAACAAACAGGAUUUGCCAGGCGCCUUAGGGGCGGAACAGUUAAUGGCAUUGUUGCAAUUACAAUCUCUAACGCAGCAGUGGGCUAUACAGGAGUGCUGCGCCAUUAACGGCAUGGGCCUGGCGGAGGGCUUGCAACAGUUACAGCAAAUGCUGACAAGUACACGCGGCAAGCGACACAGUGGAACGUAUUCAAUUAAGUAAUAUGUAUCAAAUAUUUAGAAGGAAAGAAAAAUAAAGUAAAUUUACUAGUUUGUGAUCUGUACCUUCGAAAUUCUCCAACAUGCUGCGUACAUCCUCUUUCAGACGUGUGUUGUAGGAUUUUAGUAGCGCUUCCUUUG